ACGACGACAAAAGAGAAGAAGGGGAAUCGAAGUAUCGUUAGGCGGGACACAUGACUUAAUCAGACCAGUUCAGUUUCAACGUCUUGAGCGAGAAGGGACUGCCGGUUUUAUUGUUAGGAGUAACAUGGAUUCACCUUGGUUAAAAUAUCAAUUUACAGAAGAAUCAUCGAUUAUAUCGGCAUACAAUAGCAAUAAUCCAUUUAUAAGAAGACCAUGGCUUCAAAACGGUCCGGUUGCGGCUGCUGUUGGUGGUACUAACAUCGGUUUCAAAGGAAUCGUAGCUGGUGGUAUUACUGGUGGUAUAGAAAUUUGUAUUACAUAUCCAACUGAAUAUGUAAAAACACAACUACAAUUGGAUGGUAAAAGUGGAGCUGGUAAAGAAUACACAGGAAUAUGGGAUUGUAUAACAAAAACUGUAAAGACUCGUGGAUUCUUUGGACUAUAUAGAGGUCUAUCUGUUCUCCUUUAUGGGUCUAUUCCAAAAUCAGCAGUACGUUUUGGUGCUUUCGAGUCAAUAAAGAAAAGAUUGGUCGACGAUGACAGAAAUCUGAAUGCUCAAAGAAAACUUUUGUCAGGACUUUGCGCUGGUGUAUGUGAAGCCGUUUUUGUAGUGACUCCUAUGGAAACUGUCAAAGUAAAAUUCAUUAAUGAUCAAAGAUCCCCAAAUCCCAAGUUUAAAGGAUUUUUUCAUGGUGUAAGAUUGAUAGUUAAAGAAUAUGGAUUUAAGGGGGUAUACCAAGGUGUUAUGCCUACUAUUUUGAAACAAGGUUCUAAUCAAGCAAUUCGAUUUUUUGUAAUGGAAACAUUAAAAGACUGGUAUAGAGGUGGUGACAAUACUAAAAAUGUUCCUAAAGUUGUUGUUGGUGCAUUUGGUGUCUGUGCUGGAGCAGCUUCAGUUUUUGGAAACACUCCUAUUGAUGUUGUAAAAACUAGAAUGCAAGGUUUGGAGGCAUCGAAAUAUAAAAGCAGUAUAGAUUGCGUUAUUCAAGUUUGGAAAAAAGAAGGUCCAUUUGCUUUUUAUAAAGGCACUAUUCCAAGAUUAAGCAGAGUAUGUUUGGAUGUUGCUAUAACAUUUAUGAUUUAUGAUUCAUUUAUGGAUCUGUUUAACAGUGUUUGGCCAUGAGAAAAUUUGCAUUUAUAGAAUUUUUAUUUCUUUAUAUUAUCGUGAGUGAUAUAUCAUGUAAACCUUAUGAGCAUGUUUGCGUAAUGUGUUCGUACAGUAAUGAUUGAAUUUUCUUUUUUAUAGUAAAUUAAUUAUUGUUUAGAGAUAUAGUUUAUUAAAUUCGUAAACUUUUUUGUUUUACGCAUUGAUAAUUCGAUAUAUUUUAGUAGAAAAUAGAAUAUCUACUGAAUUUACUGCACAAAAUACAUUUAUAUAUUUAUAUA